GGGGGAGCGGCCCUCCCAGAUCCAACCCGUCCGAGCCGCUCGCGCGGACAGCGGGUUAAUUUCAAAUCGGGGGCUCCGGGAAGGUCACGCGCCCGCCGUUCCGCCACCCUCCCGCCGGGCCACCGACGGACACUCCCGCUCCGCCUUCCACACCCACCUCCGAGUGACACCUGGACGGCCGGCCGGGUGGCGGGAUCCCGAGCCUCGGGCGGAACUGGGGGACGAGGACGAGGAGGAGGAGGAGCAGCAGGAGCAGCAGAGGCGGCCUCCCUCCCUCCUGCCAGGGGCCGCCCACCCCGACAGGAUAUUACAAAUUUAUAAAAAAUAAAUAAAUAAAAUAUACUGGCAUGUAUGAGCCAUCAGAAUUUCUAGGAGAAAAUAAACAUCUUUAAUUUUUAAGAAAAUAUAUGAAGAGUUUACAAAAUGGAGAAUGAGAAGGAAAAUCAUUUCUUUGAGCCACAUAAAAGGAUAUUGAUAAAAACUCCACAGAAGGAGUCAGCUACUCCAAAUUCAGUCUUAGCCGAGAUUCAGCCCAACUUUGGACCAUUAACAACACCCACAAAGCCUAAGGAAAUCUCUCCAGGUGAACCAUGGACGCCAACGGCGAACCUUAAAAUGUUGAUCAGUGCUGCUAGUCCUGAAAUCCGAAACAGAGACCAGAAAAGAGGAUUGUCUGACAAUAGGAGUGGAAUCCUUGAGGCCAAAGAUUGUUUACACGAACAUUUAUCUGGAGAUGAAUAUGAGAAAUCUCAACCAAGUCGUAAAGAAAAAAGUUUAGGAUUAUUGUGUCAUAAAUUCUUAGCACGAUAUCCUAACUAUCCUAACCCUGCUGUGAAUAAUGACAUUUGUCUUGAUGAAGUAGCAGAAGAGCUCAAUGUUGAGCGUAGACGCAUUUAUGAUAUUGUAAAUGUCCUAGAAAGUUUGCAUAUGGUCAGUCGCCUGGCAAAGAACAGAUAUACUUGGCAUGGGCGUCAUAAUCUCAACAAAACCCUUGGAACUUUGAAAAACGUUGGUAUGGAGAACAAAUAUGCAGAACAGAUCAUGAUGAUCAAGAAGAGAGAGUAUGAGCAAGAGUUUGACUUUAAUAGUGACAAAAAUGAAGAGGCCGCAGUGAAAUCCAGCUCUGGCCAAAAUGGACAUUCAGAUAUGUGCUUUGUGGAACUUCCUGGAGUGGAAUUUCGAGCAGCCUCUGUAAAUAGCCGAAAAGACAAGUCUUUGAGAGUGAUGAGCCAGAAAUUUGUGAUGCUCUUUCUCGUAUCGACCCCUCAAAUAGUAAGCCUUGAAGUUGCUGCCAAAAUUUUAAUUGGUGAGGACCAUGUAGAAGAUUUGGAUAAAAGCAAGUUUAAAACUAAAAUUAGAAGGCUAUAUGAUAUAGCAAAUGUUCUGAGUAGUUUGGAGCUUAUCAAGAAAGUUCAUGUUACAGAGGAAAGAGGCCGAAAACCAGCUUUUAAAUGGACGGGGCCAGAAAUCUGUUCCAAUUCCACAGUUCUGAGCCCUGUAACUUCCUUUGACUCAUCUGAUUUGGAACCACCUCAGUCUUCCAAAGAACAAUGUGCUAAAAAUCUCUUCUCUACCACUGGGAAGCCAAAUUUUACCAGGCAUCCCUCUCUAAUAAAACUAGUAAAAAGUAUAGAAAAUGACCGGAGAAAGAUAAGUUCUGCUCCCAGUAGCCCCAUCAAAACCAGUAAAGCUGAGAGCUCUCUGAAGUCAGCGCCCUUGCCAAGUAAAAUGGCCCAACUCGCAGCUAUUUGCAAAAUGCAAUUAGAAGAACAAUCCAGUGAACUAAAAAAGAAGGUGAAAGUGCAAUUGACAAGACCUACAGUGCACUGUCAAUCUCUUGACUUCAUAGCAAAUGCUGAGCCCAACCGAACCGUGUCCUCUUCUCAGACACCAUCUCUCAUUCAGCCACUAGGGGUCCUACCUCUGAUCCACAGCCCCUUAUCUUCUGCAGUGCCUGUAAUUGUGCCUCAUGCCCACUCGGGUACCUCCUAUGCAAUCUAUCUGCAUCCUUCCCAGGCCCAAACUGUGACACCCCAAAACCUAAAUUCCACUGUACACACUGUUCCCUGUGCUAAUGUAACUGGAACUAAAGGUUCUACUGAUAAUACUAACUCCCAUCUCUUAACUACUAAAAUGACCACAGAAAAAGUCCCUAGUGAUGUGGUCAAGGCUGAUGUCCCCACUAAGCCUGGGAAAGCGUUGCCCACCUCCGAAGGGCAAACCUCAAGGAACCAAGAAAGAGAACCAACUGCUGAAAGAUGUUUGAAGAGACAGAACACGCCAGAAGACAGCGGCUCCACAAAAAAACUGAAAGAGGAUCUGAAAGGACUUGAAAACAUCCCAGCAACCUUGUUUCCAUCGGGAUACCUUAUUCCUCUCACACAGUGCCCGUCGCUUGGUACAGAAUCCAUUUUGUCUCAUAAAGAAAACGCAGGUGCAUGUUCUCCAAAUAAUAGGAUCUACAACUCGCCGAUUACAGGUGUCAUUCCUGUGACAACAUCUGACCUCACCGCUGUGAACUUUCCCACUUUUCAUGUUACGCCUUUGAAGCUGAUGGUUUCACCAACCUCUGUAGGGACCGUACCUGUCGUCAACAGUCCGUCCCUUCCUUCCUCAGGCCACUCCAUUCCUGUCCAAAACCCAAGUUCGGCCAUUGUGAACUUUACCCUGCAACAUUUAGGGCUGAUAUCUCCAAGUGUGCAGGUGUCUGCAAAUGCUGGCGCGGGCUCCGUUCCAGUGUCUCCAAGAAUAGAGCCCAUUAGCACUCCCUCUGAGAACACCAGCGUGCAGCAAGGAAAGGUCACCAAGCAUGAGUCACCUGUUCCUGGGCAUAGUCAGCUAAGUGGACAAUCCAUCACUGGGGUUGCUGGACAGCAGCCUGUCCCAGUGACACCCAAAGGAUCACAACUAGUGACUGAAAACUUCUUCCGAACGCCGGGAGGACCAACUAAACUUCUGGCUUCGACUUGUGAUGAUUUGGAUGGUACUCACGGCACCUCGCUAGGACCCCUCUUUGUUCCUCAGCGCAAGCUUGAAGUGUCUACCGAAGAUGUUCACUAACGGAGUGAACCAAACCUUAAUGCUUAAUAAAGAUUUGAAUUAAUAGGAAAAGAGCUUAACACAAAAGAUGUUAACAUACUUAUUUGGAGAGCAGGUACUACCCCAGAAAAGUUGUAAAUAUGUUUAGUGACUGCUUAAUGCAGACCAGACUCUAUUUUAAUGUGUGUGUGUAUAUGUAUACAUAUAUAUGUAUAUAUAUAUAUAUAUUUGUAUAAGUACAGCCUUUAAUAGCUACAAAAUUAAUGAAAAAUAUUGAACUCAGGUACAUUACCUUCUAGGAAAGAUUCAUUAUUUCAACGAAAUACUCUGUACCUGUGAUAUUCCACAGAGUAACUGUUCUUAGUUACAAUUUACUCUAUAGAAAAUUAAAUUAUAUUGGCAUAUCAGAACAACAUUCUACUGCACUUUGCACAAGAAGUGCAAUGUAUAAUAUUGUAUUUCUAAAUAGGUGGGACUAUAGCUAUAUUUUGUAAUAUCUUUGAUCCCACAUUCUUGCAGUAAUGUCUUUUGUAAAGGUAGGAGUGAGUCUUAAUCAAGUCUAUGAAAGAAGGAAUUAUUUAUAUAAUGUAUUUUUAAUCAUAAAUUGUUCAAAUUAAAACUUUUCUAAAA